UCUUGAAGGGGGGCGUGAUUCAGCACAUCCCAGCUCCUGCUUCACGGCACUCAUAUCCCUCUCCAGCCCCUCACCUCGCUGUAUCUCCAGGCUUCCCAGACACCAUUCCUGUUUGUUUUAACUGUGGAAAAAAACUGGUAAUAAAGGCGCAACAGGACUGCACCCUCCACCGGCUCCUCUUCGACGGCUCUCUGCAGGUGCGGAUACGGCGUUAUCACAUCGCCUAGGCAACCUGGAUUCAGCGGAUCCUCAUUAAAUACAGUCUCUGAGGAGCAUUCCGCUUGUUUUUUUUUUCUUUCUCGCUGGACACACGUACUACAGAACCCGAAAGCAGCGGCUAAGGUGAAUGCUGGAAAAAGCGAAACGUGUCUAAUUUCAAUAUGCCAGUGAGACGGGGCCACGUAGCGCCGCAAAACACCUACCUGGACACCAUCAUCAGGAAAUUCGAAGGGCAAAACCGCAAGUUCCUGAUUGCCAAUGUCCAGAUGAAGAACUGCGCUAUUAUCUACUGCAAUGACGGCUUCUGCGAGAUGUUCGAGUACUCGCGGGCAGAGAUCAUGCAGCAGCCCUGCACCUGCGAGUUCCUGGCAGGGCCGGGCACACUGAAGACUGCGGUUGCAGAGCUGGCACAGGCCCUCCUGGGCACUGAGGAGAGGAAGGUAGAGGUGCUCUACUACACCAAGGGAGGAGCUUGUCUGCCCUGCUUGGUCGAUGUGGUUCCUGUGAAGAACGAGGAGGGGGCCGUCAUCAUGUUCAUCCUGAACUUUGAGGUGCUGCAACGGAGAUCGGCCAGCAAACGGGGCCUGAGACACAAACUGGAGCAGAGCUGGAUCCGAGCAGGACAGAACAGGCGUCUGAGGCUGAAGCUGCCGUCUCUGAGAGCCAUCGCUCUGCGGCGCACCUCUGUCUCCACGGAGCAGUUUGAUGGAGUCGUGGUUGACUAUUUAGAGCCCUGCAGUGAGGAGGUGCCCCUGAAGGAGUUCCGGAUCCCCUCGAAGGAGAGCUGCACUCAAUCUGAGACGGAGGCUCUGAUUGAACAGGACGGGCAGCCGGAGCCAGCGAGCCACUCCUCUCCGAAGCGUGUGCCCAACCGCCUGGACCCGGACACACCCUUCAACACAGGCAGCCUGUCCCGAACACACUCCCGGGACAGCGUGCGGAGCCUGCGCCGGGCCUCCUCGCUCGACGACAUUGAUGCCAUGAGGGGAGGCUGUGUCCCAAACACAGGCACUCCGAAUGCCUUCAAGCCCAGCCUGCUGAACUCCACCUCGGACUCGGACCUCAUGCGCUACCGCACCAUCCACAAGAUCCCCCAUAUCACCCUGAACUUCGUGGACCUUGGCGCGGAGAAGCUGCGCCCGGCCUCGGCCACGGAGAUUGAGAUCAUCGCUGCCAGCAAGCUGAAAGACCGGACGCAGAAUGUCACAGAGAAGGUCACACAGGUGCUGUCGCUGGGUGCCGAUGUGCUCCCGGAGUACAAGCUGCAGGCUCCCCGGAUCCACAAGUGGACCAUCCUGCACUACAGCCCCUUCAAGGCGGUGUGGGACUGGCUGAUCCUGCUGCUGGUGAUCUACACAGCGGUGUUCACGCCCUACUCGGCAGCCUUCCUUCUGAACGAGCAGGAGGAGGAGCUGCGCCGGCGCUGUGGCUACACCUGCAACCCGCUCAACGUGGUGGACCUCAUCGUGGACAUCAUGUUCAUCAUCGACAUCCUCAUCAACUUCCGUACCACCUACGUGAAUAUCCACGACGAGGUGGUGAGCCAGCCUGGCCGCAUAGCCGUGCACUACUUCAAGGGCUGGUUCCUGAUCGACAUCGUGGCAGCCAUCCCCUUCGACCUGCUCAUCUUCCGCUCUGGCUCCGACGAGACCACCACUCUGAUUGGCCUCCUGAAGACGGCUCGGCUGCUGCGAUUGGUGCGUGUGGCGCGGAAGCUGGACCGCUACUCUGAGUACGGCGCGGCGGUGCUCUUCCUGCUCAUGUGCACCUUCGCCCUCAUCGCACACUGGCUCGCCUGCAUCUGGUACGCCAUCGGCAACGUGGAGCGCCCCUACAUGGUGCACAGGAUCGGCUGGCUGGACGGGCUGGCCGAUCAGAUCGGCAAACCCUACAACGACAGCAACGCCUCCUCUGGCCCCUCCAUCAAGGACAAGUACGUGACGGCGCUCUACUUCACCUUCAGCAGCCUGACCAGCGUGGGCUUCGGGAACGUCUCCCCCAAUACCAACUCUGAGAAAAUCUUCUCCAUCUGCGUCAUGCUCAUCGGCUCCCUGAUGUACGCCAGUAUCUUUGGUAACGUCUCUGCCAUUAUCCAGCGGCUGUACUCGGGCACGGCGCGCUACCACACUCAGAUGCUGCGGGUGAAGGAGUUCAUCCGCUUCCACCAGAUCCCCAGCUCCCUGCGGCAGAGACUGGAGGAGUACUUCCAGCAUGCCUGGUCUUAUACCAACGGCAUUGACAUGAACGCGGUGUUGAAGGGUUUCCCUGAGUGUCUGCAGGCUGAUAUCUGUCUGCACCUGAACCGCACACUGCUCCAGAACUGCAAGGCGUUCCGCGGGGCGAGUAAGGGCUGCCUACGGGCGCUGGCCAUGCGCUUCAAAACCACCCACGCCCCACCUGGGGACACGCUGGUACACUACGGAGACGUGCUGACCGCCCUGUACUUCAUCUCACGCGGAUCCAUCGAGAUCCUGAGAGACGACGUGGUGGUGGCCAUCCUGGGAAAGCAUGACACCUUCGGGGAGCCCAUCAGCCUGUACGCACGCCCUGGCAAGUCGAACUCAGACGUGCACGCGCUCACCUACUGCGACCUGCACAAGAUCCAUAGAGACGACCUGCUGGAGGUGCUGGACAUGUACCCCGACUUCUCAGACAACUUCUGGAGCAACCUGGAGAUCACCUUCAACCUGAGAGAUGCAGAUCGAAUUAUCCACUCGCUGCCCAGUGAAGAUUCGGACUGCGGGUACCGCCGCCCGCGACGCAGGAGAAACUCUCUGCACAGACGCAACCGGCCCGACGGGAUGGACAGGGAGGACUCGCACCCGGACCAGUCCUGCCCUCAGCUGCCCAACCACCAGGGGGCAGUGCCGAGGCAGCCCUACGAUGAGCUGUGCAGCAGCCCCAGCCCCUGCUCAGCGUCUAGCGAAGACGAGAUGAAGCCGCUGGGGCAGAGCAAAGGGGAGCUGUACCCACCAAGGGGCGAUAAUCAAGACUACCACCCCACCAUGGUCAACCUGCUGACCCCCAGUAGCAACGCUGCACUGGAGCAAGGGCCCCCAUACACAGCAGCCCCCCUCAACAUGCCCAGCCUCUUCACCUACUGGCCAGAGAGGCAGCCCAGUCAGUGCUCAGAGAGCCAGCAGCGCUCCUCCUCGGUCCAGGCUGCGUACCAGCCGUUGGCCUGUGCAGAGGACCAUCCCAGCAAGCUGGAGUCCCGCCUGGAGCUUUUCCAAACACAGCUCAACAGGCUGGAGUCUCGGAUGACGACCGAUAUCAAUGUGAUCCUGCAGCUGCUCCAGAGGCAGAUGGCUCCGGUCCCUCCUGCCUACAGUGACGUCUCCCCCAGCACUCGCCCACCUGCUCUGUACUGCCCCGGGGCCAAAGUCAUGCACACCACACAGCCUGUUGCACCUGUGCAGGUGGACAGCCUGGCCUCCCCCCUACAGAGCCCCGACUCGGACAAGUUCAACCUCAAGUCUCGGGACUCCCUGUCCAGCGGGAUCCAGCUGACCACCGUGGCCUCUGACGAGAUGAUGCUCAUCUACCCUGAGCCGGAGCAGGCAGCUCCCAGGCUGGGCUCCCAGCAGCCCCUGGUGAUGAUGGGCCCCUCUGGACUCGAAAGCAGCUUCCGCUUCCCCUCCCUCCCCGAGCACCUAGACACCUCCGCAGGGCUGGCGGAGAUCCAGAGGCAUGUGUCCGACCCCCUCCUGCCUGGCAGUUAGAGCCAAACCACCCCCACCCACCCCAGGAACUUCACUUUGAGAGACCCAGCAGAUCAUGAGACUGGUGCCUCAGAGCUGCUUUCCCUAGGAGGAUGUCACUGUGCUUCCCUGGACUGCUUCUAGAAGGAGCGGCCCCACCUCACUGGCUAGUUACCCUGCUGUAGCGCUCCCUAGGGGGGCUGUGCUGUUGAUCCUCCUCACUCCCAGGAGCCAUUGUUGAUGCAUUGUAGAGAUUUAGGGGGUCCCCAGGUAAUGUGUGUAACUCUCCUGACCCACAGGAACUGCCUUCAUUCUACAGAUCCCCAAGUGUUUAUACAGGUACAGGAUACAGACUGUUUCACUUCUUUGUUUUCUUUUCAUGUUCAUCAACAAUGUUCUCUCUGAACUCUAAACUCCAUUCUGCCUCAGAAUACUGUCUGUCUAUGAAUAUGAUCAUGUAAAGGAUAAUCUGGUAGUGGUUUGACAACUGUUUCUAUAUAUUACAAUGGCUUUAGUACCGACAUGGGUCCUCUGCUAACUGACUUGAGGAUGUUCUGGUCCCACCCCUUUUUAAAGUAUGCAGUUGUAGCAUGUUGUCUUUCUAAGACAUGCAGUGCAGGACACUCAGGAGCACAGGGAGCUCUUUGCACCUGCUGUUCUGUGCAGCAAACAGUCUUCCUGCAGCCAGAGCAGGAGGAGGGGCUCACUGCUGAUGCAAAUCUGUGCCCCUAUUCUGAGAUCUUGGAAUCGCCCUGAUCCACUGUGGCACUGCAAGUCCAAAACAGCAACAAUUGUGAGUCAGUCCAAACCCAACAAGUGUCCCGUGUACUGCAUUACCAAUGCAUGUGGUGAAAACAAAUCUGAAUAAUUUAAGGACAAACAGGGGGCUCCUGAGUGGCGUAUCUGGUAAAGGUGCUCCACCUGGAGUGCAGGAUGCACCCCAUAGUCUAUAGGUCAGCAGUUCAAGUCCAAGCUAUUCCACUGCAGCCAGGUUGAAAUAAAAAAAAAAAAGAAUUGGGCUUUCCAAACUCAGGAGAAAACCAGAAAAAAAUCAUUGCUGAUUCCAAAUUUAUAAAAAUAAAUAAUUUAAGCACAUGUCACUGUAGACACUUUAAUAUCCUCUACAGAGUUUAGAAUUGAAGAAUCCCUAGCUGUUACUAAUGGCUCAAAUCACAUUGUGACCCUUUUGGCUGGUUUCACAGACCCUGAUUAACACUAGUCUUGGAUUACCCAAUGUUAAUUUAGGGACAGUAAACCAAGAUUAGUGCUAAUCUGGGUCUGUGAAACCAGCCAAUAAAGUGUCCAUUUAAUAAUGAUGCUGGCAGAUUAUUGUUUAAAUUUCUAGGGAUAAAUUAACCUGGAGAAUAAUGGAUCAAUUGCUGUACCCAUGUUGAAAAUGAGUAGUACCUGAAGUCUAUCAUAGCAGAAGAUUUUUGUGUUAUGAGCCAAGUGUAAAAUGUAAAAAAGAUCAGUAAAUGUGUCAAUAUGUUACUAGAUAUUAAAGUUUUAAAAUUCUGAAGCUUGCAAUAAAAGUGGCCUCAUGUAGAAGUUUAAUUGCAGAGUGAGAUGGUGUUUAAUUAGAAGCUGCAGAGUGA